AUGAGACUAGAGUAUUGCCAACAGAUAGCAUUACUUGGUGUGAUGACUUAUGAGAAGAUGUGCCACAAGCUGAGGGUAGCAGCUAAGCAUGGUAAAGAGGCAGUUCCAGUUCUUUUGGGAGAAGAGGUUUCAGUAGAGGAUCUUAAUCUCAACCUAUUUAUAGAGGGUCAAUACAGAGAGGAAGAGGCCAGAGCAUCUCUGAACCUAAUCAGCAGUAUGAUUUUUGUUUAUGGUCAUAAACUAGAAGCAUUAUUUAAUUCAGGUGCCAUGCAUUCUUUUGUGUUUGAGGAGUAUGUGGAUAGAUUAAAUCUGUCAUUGCAAGAGUUGCUUGUGCUUAUUAAAGUGACGAAGUCUUCUAAAUCAUCUAGUAUUGCAACUAAAGCUUGUCAAGGUGUGGAGACUCAAUUUAAGGAUAGAAUUUUCAAGAUCAAUCUAAUUUGUAUUUCUAUGAGAGGAAUAGAUGUGAUUAUUGGCACAGAUUGGCUAGCAACAAAUAAUGAUGCGCUUGACUGUGCUAAAAAGGUGGUUUUACUAUUGGUGUUGGGUGCAAUAGUGGAUUCUUCAGAGCAGCCUAAGUUCCUAUCGAUAGUAAGUGUUGAGAAGUUGAUUCAGCAAGGUUGUGAUACCUAUAUGGUGUUCUUUUCAGCCAGUACAGUGUAUGAUGGUAGAAUCGAGAAGAUUGGGGUAGCAAGUGAGUUCCCAAAGGUAUUUUUCAGUGAAGUAACUAGAUUACCUCCUAAAAAGGAUGUUGAGUUCUCAAUUGAUUUAGUUCCCGAAACUGAAUCGAUAUCAAAGGCCUCAUAUAGAAUGUCCCCAUCAGAAUUGGCUGAGCUAAAGAAGCAAAUUGAAGAUUUUCUAGAGAAAGGAUUCAUCAGAUCGAGUGUAUCACUUUAA